AUGUCUACUGCUGAGUCAGAACAGGAUAAACAGCCUUUUAGUGCUAUUAAUGAUGCAGUUCCUUCUGGAAAAGAUGAAUCAGGUGAUUCACCCACAGAAGUGACAAAGAGUGCAUUUGAAACAGAAACCAAGCCUGUUGACUCAACUGUCACUGAAGCAGAGUCAGCAAAGAAUGGUGAUGAAGAAAAAACAGAAACUGAAGCACAGAACCCUGAAGUUGUUAUUAAUGGUGAUUUGAGUAAAAGCCAUGAAAAUGUCUCAUCUUUAACUAACGAAUCAAAUGAAACUAAUCAAAAAUCUACACAAAUCAAAGAGGUUUUCAAUGGGGUAGAAACUAGUGAUGAAAAUUGCACAACAAAGGAUGUAAAGAAUGAAGGGAAACCUGCGGAGACAAUUGAACUUGAUAAAGGCCAAGAAAAAGUAGAGAAUGUUCCAGUGAAAGUGGAAGAUGCUGUUCCUGAGAGUAAAAGAGAUGAAGAAGCUGGAGUUCAAGAAAGUGUGGAACAAAAUGAAAAUCAGCCUUCAGAAGAAAGCACUGUUGCUGUAACAGGUAAAAGCUUAUGCUAGUAUAUUCACCUAAUUGCAAUACCAUUGUCAUAUGAAAAGUAAAGCAAAAGAAUGAAGACAGGCCAAAUAGGAAAUGUAUUAAUGUAUAAAACUACCCCUUGGCUUAAUGCACAGCAGCUGAACAAUUUUCACAGAAUUUCCACAGAAAACUUCAUCAAACUUUGUGAGAGUUGAGGUGUUAUUUCGAGAUUACAAGUGAUUCCAAAAAUUAAAAAAGAGAAAUUCCAGAGUAUGUAUAUUUAUAUUGGCAUUUUUCCCUUUUUUUUCCUUUUUCUAUGACAAUGUAACUACAAUUAGGUGCCUGGCAUACCUUUUACAUGUAUUAGCAUGUAUUAGUAUGAUCAGUUGCCUCAAUCCUUUGCCCCCAAAGAGUGACUAGAAGAAUCUGUUUUCUCCUUACAAUAUUAACCCUGAAUCACUCUUUAAGAUCAGGAGAAUGAUCACCAAUUAAAGAAACUCUUGAUUGUUAAUAAAACAAAUUCUGGUUGCCAGCAGCUUAGGAAGUGCCAUUAUGUUGCGUGUAUAUCACUUUGAGAACUCUUUUUCAUACUACCAGCAUUUUUUUAAAGAACUUGGUCAAGUCAGAGGGUAUCCAAGGAUUUCCAGAGAUGAUCUAAAUAUUUCCAAAAGACACUCUAAAUAUUUUCAUAGGUGUUUGCAGUGCUCUACCUUUCAUAACCAAAGGUUUUGAGGAAUUUACAAUCAGUUGCCCCUGGGUUUGAAAAAACUUUGUUUCCUUCAUACUUUAUCAGCUUUAUGUUGUGUUCUAUAUUUUCCCAAAAUGUGUCAGUUUAGAUUGUGAUUGCAAAAAUUUGUCUGCAAACCAUGAGACAUUGGUUAGCAGGUGUAAGCUGGGGAGGGAUUGGAGUUUUCAACAAUGAGGCUCAUCAUGCCCAAGGUGCAAGAGGUGACAAGUACACCCACAGAUAAAAGUAUCUCAGUUGAAAAUAUAUAUAAUUAUAUAGUUGUACAUUGUAACACAGGACAGAAGGUACAAGAGUUUCUGUUAGUAUGUACUGUAGAUGUACACAACUGCAUGAGCUUCCUCUUGCUUUCCUCAGUAAAUAAACAAAUAGAGAAUAAUAUGUGGGUGUGCGCAGAUAUGUAAUUUUUCUUGGAGUGUUCAACUCAAUGCCCUCUUUAGUGAGAUAUGGACAGGCAACCAUGUAUUAUUUUUUUAAGUAGAUAAACACCAUAGAACUUUACUGGCAAGAAAAUUUGAUAAAUGACUUUGGAUUGAGAAUGGUGAACUCUUCAUCAAUCAUUCAUUAAUAUGAUAGAGUGGUGUGAAACACUGCAGCUUAUAUCAUUAAUAUUUUUAACUUACAUAUAUAUUGGAUGUACAGUACACAUGUUAAACUGAAUAGAAGAUUGUGUCUUUUUGUAAGACCAAGAGGGUGCUGACAGGAAAAGAGCCGUGACCAUUGACAAUCCAAGUGAUAUGAAGGAACUGACUGAAAAGAGUGGGGAGUCCACAAAAGAUGAUACAAAUAAGUUAUCUGCUCAAGAAAGGUCAAGAACUCUGGGAGAUAUUGAGGGAAGUGCUUCAACACCUUUAAAGGUAAGAAAUAAUUGUUUACCCAUAAACUGUUCUCUUUAUCACCAUCUGUACAUUUCUGGCCCCAGUUGUUUUACUCAUUCAUGCCACAUCUAAACAACAAUCCUAAGAACGUAGCAAAUGAAAGCAACUUUAAGAAACAUUUGUUCAAGAGAUUCCCAAACAUCAAUUCAAGUAGCAAACACUUUGGUGUUACAAGGACAUUUUAAGAUACCUUUUUAGCCUAACUUUUGCUAAUUAGCUAUUCAAAAUAUUUUCAACUCUACACAUACUUGACUUCUCAUGUUGAUAUUGAAUGGACCCUUUUUCUUUCUUUUCUUUAAACUACAGUACUAGGUCCACCAGUAACUGUGAUAGCCAUUAAAGUCUAUUUAUUUGUUUAUUAUUUUGUCACCCUGAGAAGUAUGCACCAACAGGCUAUGAAGGGUAUAACAUGCACUGUCAGCCUUUCAGAGCAUUUCUUAGAGUGUUAUAGUACUAACUCUUGAGAAUUAGGUAUUAACCCAGUGACAUAUCUCAGCUUAAAUUUUUCUUUAUUCUUGUUAUCUGUUUGUUUGACUUUGUGUCAAAAGAGGAAAUAAUAUAUUGCUCACUUCUCAUAGUUAAAGGAUCAAAUGAAUGCUUUUUUUUUAUUGUGGUUAGGAGGAUGUUGCUGCACGAUCACAAACAGUCUGGUACACUGAUAAAGUGGAAACCAAUGGAUCAAAAACAGAAUGUGAUUCAGCUGAGGAGGCAGUUAGUUAUUCCACUAGUAUUGUAGGAGGAGUGGUUGUUAAAACCCCAAUCCAGUCAAAGUAAGUGUGAAGUAAAAAAUUUGUGAAAAAAGACAUUUGCAUUUACUGUAAACACUCCCACCGGUACAUGUAAGUCCUCCUCUUUCUCUAGUAAAACCCUCUCUCCCCCUAAUCAAGAACCCUAUUGUAAAAGUAGGUUGGUAGAGUUGUGGUGCAAUUUAUACUGAAAAAAAUGCAUGCUGUACAUAGUGUGCAUUAACUUUUGGCUACAAAUUCAACAGAGAAAUAGUAACUCGCAUUUUAAAUCCUCAGACAGUAUUUUAUAAUCAUAACCUUAAGUAGGAUUUUAAGUUUGUAAAUAGUGUCUUGUAACCCAUUUAGUGUGUUAAAACUUUGUUUGUGGAGUGCAAGUCAUGUCCUCAAUCUGUGAAUUUGAUGCUUGCAGAAGCUAGCAAGUCUUGGUUAGAGUAAAUUAUGUCUUAUGGGUUAGAGUGGUUUUUUUAAUUUUGUUAACAAAAAAAGAGACUACACUAUACCUGUACAAUCUGAAGAACAAACAAUUGCUGGUAAAACUCCACUCAGAAUAAAUAUAUAAAUAUAAUAUACUUGGCUAAAUGAUCUGAUGAAAGAGGAAGUACUAUUUACAUGUAAGCGUUUGGCCUGCCUUAGUAACUUGGCCUAAUUUUCACUCAGUUUGACAAGAAAAAACAAAACAUAGAACCAAACGGGCACUUAGAAACACAUUCAUAAUGAACGAAUAGCUAAAUGUAAAUAGAACAAGAAAGAUGGUAAGUUUUGAGCUCGGUGAAGAAAUAAAGGAAGAUUUUUUUUUUCGUCUUGUCACGAGCGUGGGACAAAGAAAAAAUUCUGACUCUCCAUGAGGUAUCCAACUUUAGACCUUUAGAUUCCGUGCUCCGGUGCUCUACCACUGAGUGGUGAGCAAGGCCCAUUACGAAGUUCAUCAGCCAAAUGUGCCAAAUUCGAACUAACUUCACGAAUGUUUUUUCAGCUCACCAAAAACCCAACACAAGAAGAGGGAAGGAAGUCCUCAGCUCACUUCACCAAAGAAGAGAUCAGUCAUAGAUUCCCUAUUUAGACGACGAAAGAAGUCCAAAGGUGAUCCGGAGAGCCCCCUCGGGACCGCACCCAAUGACAAAGACCCUGCAUCUAGUCCUGGUGGUGCUGAUGCAGAUGCUUCAAAAGACGGUAAUGGGUCAUUAGAGACAAAGGAAGAGACAGAAGAUGCUCAAAACAUUGAUAUCAACCAGGGGGCAGAAGGAGAUGUCAAAUCUGCCGUGGGGGUAGAGGAUGAAGAUAGUCAUGCUACACCACAGUACUCUGAACCAGCGGAAGCAACUACUGUGGUAGAGAAGGAACAAAGUAAUGAUGGUGUCAAUGAAAAAGAAGUUGAAACCACCAAGGAAUCGGAGGUAGAGGAAAAUCAGGUGGAGUCGCAGGAUGCGCAAGAAGUGUCAACACCUGUGGAAGGUGCGGAGGACAAUGAUAAGACAAACCCUGAAGCCCCCGAGGAUAAAGAGCCAGAGGAGUCAGAGGAAACAAAGGACGCUGUCAAGAGAGCUCACACUGAUAAUCCUGGGGAAGAGGAAACAAGUCCGCCACCUGCAGCAAAGAAAAAGAAAACCAUUUUUGGUGGUAUCUUUACGAGGCGCAAGAGUAAGAAAUUAAAAGGUGAAGACACUAGUUCUCCUGAUGAGGCACAAGAGGAGAAAGAUGAUAAACCAGAGGAGGAGCCUCAAACUGUGGAUGAUAAUACACCGCCAGCUGAAGGAGAAGGAGUAGAAACGCCAGAUGAUGGAAAAGACCAGUCUCCUCCAACUGAAACGGAUGAGGGCGCUGCUACCGCACAGCAAGAGGUAACAGUGGAUGUGAUUACUCCAGCAGUAGAUCAAGCUUUAGAAAGUGCUCAAGCGGAGGCAGCAACUGAGGACAAAGAUGAUGAAAAGACUGAGGGGAAAGAGGAGGAUGCUGCUGAGGCGGAGGAGCCAAGUACCAAAGAAGAUAAUGCACCUGAAAGUAACAAGAAAUCUUCAGAGGAAUCUUUGCAGUCUGAGGGUGCUGAGACUAAGGUCAAAAUAGAGGAGAGAGUGGAGAAACACGUGAAUACUCAAGAAAGCCAACCUAAAAAAAAGACUUCCCUUUUUGGUGGGUUUUUGACUCGGCGGAAGAGCAAGAAAACGAAAGAUGUCGAUGACGACCCUGCCGUCGAAACAUCACAACAAGAGGAUGAUAAGGUACAAGAGGAACAAGGGGAAACCACGUCGACCCAACCUGCUGAUGAUGCCAAACCAGAUAGUGCUGAAGUCAAAGAGACGUCAGAGAAUGAGCAAGGACAAGUUCCGACUCCAGACUCAAGUGAUACCACUUCUUCUGCAGAGAAAGAAGUUGUAGAACCUGUGAUAAGUCCCGCAGCAGAUGAACCGGUGGAAAGUACAAACGAAGAAGGUGCAGAGGCUUCUAAAGAUGAUGGUAAUGUUGACGCACAGGAGACAAAAGGUGUUGAGAUGCAAACUGGAACAUCAGCAGAUGACGAGAAAUCUCCAGAAGAUGUAGUACAACCUAAAGAGGCCGAAGCUGUUGAUGGGAAGAAGGAAACAGAGGAAAAGGCUGUCACGAUUCAAGAAAAUCAACCAGAGAAGAAGAAAUCGAUUCUUGGUGGCCUUUUUUCCCGGCGUAAGAGCAAGAAAUUAAAAGAUGAUAGUUCGAGCCCAUCUGACGAAAAAAUGCACGAGAGCGACAGCGACAAAGUAGAAGAACACAAAGAUGACGGUGCGUCAACACUACCUGCAGUUGACACUCCACCUCACGCAGAGGAAGAAGGGAAGACAGUGGAGGGCGAGACAGAGCAAAAUGCGGCGCCCGAAGCAAGUGACGCCAUUGUUGCUACCCAGAAUGAAGUAGCGGAAGAUGUGAUCAGUCCUACAGCAGAUCAAGCUAUAGAAAGUGCCCCGGAAGAGGCUACAGUGAAGGAGAAAGUUCAUGAAGAGAGCGAAGGACAGGAAUCAGUGGCGGCAGAAGAGAGUGAGACGAGUAAUAAAGAAGUGGAAGCUGUAGUGGCUGUGGAGGUUCAGAAAUCUGCAGAAAGUGAGAGUGGAGUAGAAAAUGAUAAAGCUACUGUAGACGGUAAGGAAAUUGGUGAUGGAUUCUUGUAGUAUACUUUUCCAUCACCAAUUUAAGAUGAUAAAAUCCUAUUAUAUUAUAUACACUUUGUUGCGUCAGGUUUACUGAAAUCAACCUGGGGUACUUACGUUAGUUUCAUACAGCGGAUACCUUUCUUUUGCAGCUUCAACCGAGCCCACAGUAGAAAAGCUGACUUCGCCCGAAGGGAAAGAAGCCCAGGACAACGCAGAUACAGCAUCAAAGGAGCGAGAGGCACUCAUGAAAGGUUCAUACAGCCCUAAGACCCGCCGCAUGCAGAUGAGGAUAAGUUACGCUGAGACGGUUGGAGAAAGUAAGCGAUCGUUUACUGUCCUGGGUUUGUUAAGUCUGAACACCCUUACAUCAGUAUUCAUAUUCUCCUUACUGUUAACUCUCUAAGUCCUAACGUGCCGACAAGGAGAAUUUGUUCAGCAAUCUAGAGCCUCUAAAGUUGAUGAUCAUUUUCUUUUUUCUCGCGACGUUAAUCCUUGAUUCAGGGAUGAUAUUGUAAGGAGAAAUUAGAUGCUUAUCACUGUAAGGGGUCAAAGGGUUAAGGAUGCAACAAAUUAUUUCAGAUGUAAAUUCUCUGAAGCGAUUUUUUCACUUUUUGGUGAAUCUGUGAAUGGUUUUACUUCGUUUCUGUGGUUAACCUAUGCCAGUAAACACGUGGUUAUACAAUAUAUUACAUCCAUUUUUAAAUCACAGGUGAUCCUCGCGAUCUGAUUGGCUUCCAGCAGUGAGGUUUAUCCCCAAAUCGUACUUGCUUUUUACCCUUAAGUGCAUCUUUCCUAAUAAAUAAGCAAUAACAAAAAAAAAAACUAAUCACUUUUCAAGGCUUGUUUUAAGUGACCAAUCAAAUUAUAGGAGAAUAAGAGACUUAGAAGCUAUUUGUGGCGAAUUUUGCAACGUUUGUCCUCAAAAGAUUUUUUUUUGUCCAAAAAAUGGAUGAAUUUAAUUUCUUACAGUUUUUGAUCAACGACAGUUUCACCAUUUCUAAAGGGUGCAAUAAAGCAGUAACGCAAUUUUGGGCCGAAAUCAUACUUUUAAUUUCAAAUCAAACUCGCAGUUCGCGCUCGUUCGAUUUUAAAACUACACGUGUCAUUUCAGACCAAAUUGUACUUCAGUCAGUUCAAUUACCAUCAUGAAAACAUGCACGUGGACAUCAUAACCUAUGUAUUUUCAAUGGUAGGGUUUUCUUGUCUUAUUUAUUGGACGCGUGUGAUUAUGUUUAGCCUCCGGACUGGGUUCCAUAACACAAGGGUCUUACUGAUGAUUUUCACUGUUGUGUGCCCUAACAGGUGGUCGAGAGGUCGAGCUAAUUGGUACACCAGAACGAGAUGCUGAACCUCCUAUUCAGAAAAAUAAAACACCUCCAGACCAGCGGAUAUCGUGCCGGGCUCUUGGAGAGGUUGACCACGAAGGAUGGUUGGCAAAGAAAGGUAAGAGAAACACUGAAGCAAAACUCCUAGUCGUGUCACGUAAGAUAAGCUACAGCGAUGUUGGUCAAUAGGCUUUAAAACUAACUUUACUUUUACUUCUAAUCUUACCUAAUAGAAGAGAGAGAAAGGGACUCGAGGAAAACUUUGACUUGAUUUAGGUAUUUACGUUAUGGAAUAACCCGAUACUACAAACUAGUCAAUACCAGAGUAUUAUUAAUGGUAAACAGCAGCCAGUUGAAGCGCUCACCUCCUACUUCUUCUUCCUCUUUGGUAUUCUCUUUAUUUUCUUGCUCAGUUAGGUGGAGUGGGAAUUGAUUAAUGAAGGGUGCGAUCAGAAAUUUGCGCUUCAGGGUUAAAACGCGCUGUGCGUCGCGUCGCGCAAUUUUUCCUCUUGGACGCGCUUUCCAACAUUUGCCGCACCAUACGUAACGCCUCUUACGCUAGCCAUGGUCCCCAAGUGGAAAUGCUACUGGUGGACUUUUAGUAGAACGUGUUUGUUGUAAAUCGGCUGUUACCUGCCUUUAUGAUAGAGCUUAAACUGUUUUCUCUUGAAAGUGAUGUUAGGAAUUACCUGCAGCAAUUUUCUUUUUAUAAAAUCUUAGCUAGAAAACAGGUAAUUCUAGUCAGGGGUCUCAUUACUAUCAAAUUUUUGUAGGAGGUCCUCUCUUCUUCUCGAGCUGGAAACGUAAAUGGGUGGUGUUGAAGGAAGGGAAACUGUAUUACUUCAAAACUGCUUUCGACCCUGAGGCCAGUGGAAUUAUAAACAUGCAGGGAACAACUGUGGCUCCAGCCCCUGAAACUAAAAAGAGCUUGUAAGUAUGCAUACUCAGGAAAACAUUCCGUGCGUGUAUGCGCACACUGGAGGUCGGUUUUUGCGAUUAAUGUCGUAGAACAGAGGUGACUGAAACAUCGAUAGGAUUCGUAUCAGUCACUUGACCUGAAGGCCCACGAACUGGUAGUUAAGAAAACGAAACUACGUUUGGCUUCUGUUGGCGACGUUUAUGCAAACCUUUGAUGAUAGUUUUUUUGAUUGCAUUAUGCCUAAACAGAUCAAACAAAAGGAUUUCUGUUUUUUUUUUUAUUGUAAUUAAUUUUUUUCUUUUAUUACCUAACAUUUGUCAGAUAAAAUCUAUUUUCGAGUCGAUGCUUCUCUGGCAAAGGAAUCACGUUUUAGGAUUUUCGUGUUUGUUUGAUUGUUUCUAUUUUAAAAAGUUAGUUGAUCAGUCAGUCAGCUGUCAGCGUGCCGUGUAGGCAGUCCAUUAGUUGGUCACCUGUUUGUUUUGAUGAGUUACUGCAUGCCCCCCCCCCCCCCCCCAAAAAAAAUUACUUUGGUUGAGUUGUUCAGGGAUAUUUGGUUCAUUAGAAGUCAUUACUUUUACAGGUGUAUUUCAUUUUUUUACAACUUUGCACACAAAUGCUUCUUCCUUCCAGUUGUUUCAAAUGUGAGCAGCCGGGACCCAAACCUCAGGUGUUCCUGUUUAUGGCAGAGAGUAAAGAAGACAUGGAAAGAUGGCUGUCUGUGUUGACGGCUGCUUCAAAAGGAGAAGCCAUACCAAAAACUAAGCAGCAUCUGGCGGUCAAGGAGGAAACAGUCAUGCGCAAGAAGUCAGGAUCAAUCAGUUCAGCGCAUAGAACGAGUUCUGUACUUGGUUAGUAUUGGACAGAAAGAAAGUGAUGAAUAGUAUGGAUCAAUGUUAGUAUCUGAGAAACUGCGCAUCUACCCUCCCCUAGGGUUAGGGGAGGUAGGUGCGCGGUUGCAUAGAUACUGACAUUAAUCCAGUGUAACAAACACAGAGAUAUGAUAAUGAUAAUGGUAACUGAGAAUGACGAUAAUGAUGAUGAUGUUAAUAAUAGUGAUAAAGAUAACCAUUCCGUUUAAGAAGUUACUUUUGUAUCAAAACAUCGUUUGUUUAGGUUUACAAAAGUAAUCACAGGGGCCAGUGAAAACGAAGGAAAUUAUCACAAAUCAUGAGCUAAUUAGAACACAAAAUAAAUUGUGGUUAAUGGUCUUAAAUGCGCCAAAAACACAAUCGGCAGGCGCUGCUUAGGAUAGCAAUGAGCUGCGCAGUCCUCAAAUUAUAGUGAAUAGGGCUGUUCGAAGCUUGAGUACGUAAAACACAGAGUUUAGUUUCAUCUUUUCUUGGUUGACGUUUUGCUUUAAAUGAUAUCAUAAGGUAAAUUUUAAUAUCCCUCUUAUACUCUCAUUCUAAAAAGAUUGUUUACCUGAAGUAGAUGUGAUAAAUUCAUAUUUAUAUAAUCGAAAUAAUUUUUGUCGUUUAGUUUAAAAUAAAUCCUUUGCUGAUCUUACUUUGCAGCUUAUGGAGGGCGUCAUAGCCUGAUAGUAGACGAAGAAGACUCAAACGCUGUCAGGGGGAGGUCUAAUCCAGGCUCUUUCUCAAAAGUACCGCAAGUGACAGAGACAGAGGAGAAAAAGGACACAAACUCUGAACCUGUUGAAACAGAGCCGAUACAGAAUGGCACGGAGCCAGUUACCGAACUCUCAGAGGACAAGCAAAAAGACACGAGCGAAAGUGGAGAAAGUCAAUCAACUGAAAAACCAGAAGCUUCCGCGGACGAAGUAGUGGUAAGUGGCGAGCAGGUAGUCUUAGAGUCUGCACCACCUGUUGAAGUGUCUCCUGAAAAAGACACACCGCCCGCGGUGGGAUUGGGCGAUGCUGCCUCGACUGAAGCUUCGCCUGAAGAGGAGAAGCGAGACGAAGAAGCCGUCGACGCAGCGGAGAAGAAAGAACCUGAGGGUACUCAACCUGAACAAGAAUCAGUGGGAUCAGCAGUUGACACAACGGACGGGGACAGUAGCGUUAUUACGACAGAGAGCUCCGUUACUGUAAUAGAGACAGUAGAAACAACCUCAGUAGUCUCCGAGAAAGUUGAAACUGUAGUGUCAGUGAUUAAAACAGAGGGAGCAGAAGUUACUCAUUCUGAGCAUCAAACGGAAACAGUAGAGGUGAAGCAGGAGAUCAUGGAAGAUGUCUUUGAAACUAGCCCGACGGAACCUGACGCCAGCGAACCAGUCUCCCCAUCAAGCACCAAAUGGUACUUCACUUUGAACAGGCAGGAAACAUGGUCUGUAGCAACCGAGACUGAAGAAAAGAAACCUCCGGUACGCAUCAAGUCUUCCAGCUCGGCUAGCGACAAAGGAUCGAUUAGGAGCGACAGAGCAUCGAUCAAGAGCGACCAAGGGUCAGUCAAGUCUUCUUCGGAAGAUGAUCAGCUUUUGGCCAUGUGUCGAAAUAUUAAAAAAGCGCGACUGUCGAUAGUAGGUGACCCGAUGAGGGAGGGUCCGGACAGACUUCGGGCGUGGUCAACUGUGAAGGAUAAUUCAGAGGAACAGCAAUUUGUCAGACUCAAAACUUUGGAAAGAACUCUCAAGGUGGGUUUCAAUUUGUAAUCUUCUCUAAUAACCCUUUAACUUUCCAAUCUGAUUCGUACUCUUUUUGUGCCUGCCAUAAAUCGUCUUGUGCUUAAGGACUUUUUCUUUUUCGUGGCGUGUUUUCUGGUUAAUUUAUUGGCAUUGAAAGGAAUCGCGUGUCAAUGACUUACAUGAAUAAAAGGGUCAAACAAAUGUAAGACCCAGCUGAGGUGUCAUAUUCAUUUGAAAUUCCACCCAGAAACGAUGACAGUAGAGUGAUUUUUGGCGUUCACUCUUAUUCCUUAAGAGUUAGAAAAUGCGCGGCGACGUUUUUGAGUUUAUAUAUAUAUAUAUAUAUGCAAACGUGAAAAAAUAAUUCCAAGUCAGCGUGUAGAGUGGUAUGUUGCCAGCACCAAUCAGAUCGCCCCAUUUCUUGUAGGACAGAAAAAAAGAAAAGCAAACUCAGCCCAGACGAUUUAUUGAUUCAAUGUGAAACUCUUUUUCCUUUUUUUUUUUCUUUUUCUUGUAGGACAAAGAAAAGCAUCUCUCAGAGCUUGAAGAGUUAUUGACCCAACCGGAAAUAAACCGAGACUCCAUAUACGCAUGGAAGUUACGCUAUUCAGAUUUGGUAGAAGAGCUGUUCCCUUUGGAGAAUGAAGAAGAUGGAGGGGAGAAAGCCAAAGAUACUGAGAGUGGAACAGAGGGUGGAACGGAAGAGCCAAAGAAGGAAGAUGAUGAAGUAAAACCUAAAGAUGUGGAAGAAAUAGAGAAGGUAGUUAAUGAAGGAGAAGGAAAGAAAUCAGAAGAAGAAGCCGUCACUUGCUCGGAGAAAAACCAAGAAAAUGUGGAUUCGAAAAAAGAGUCUUGUGAGGGAGAACAAGAGCAACAGUCGAGCGAUGGACGGGAGGACACAGAAGACAAUGAAAAUGACAGUGAGAGAGCUAGCGUCCAUCAAACUGAAGUUAAGGGUGCACUGCUGUCAGACUCGGAACAAAAAUUGAACGAAACAGGAACUGAACAGGAAAAGCUGCACCAAGAGAAAGAGAUUUCAACCGAAGGGAAGCCCUCUGACGGUAAAGAAGAAGCCGGAGAAAAAAAGAGCAACAGAGCAACGAAUGAUACUCAUCUUUGAUUCGUGAAAAAGAGAAGAGGCAACACCACAGGACAAUGUCAGUGUAGGUGGUGCGUCAAGGUAACCGUGUCAAACAAUGGAGAGGAGUCAACGAACUUCUCACAUUUAGGCAAUUAAUAAUCCCAGCGUCAUAUUUAUGUUAGAUGGGAAAAAUCGAGAGAAUUACAAGAGGGCUCAUAACAAUGCGAAUUAAGGAACAUUAUUCAGACGGCUCAGAAUUUCAUACUAAUCUUGCGUAGCUCUUAUUUCAAGAGCUUAUCCUUAUUCAUUCCUUGAAAUUACUUAAAUGGCGAUCAUUCAGUUAAUUAUUAAGUUGCCUGCACUUCAAGCCGUGAGAGUUUUUUUUUGAUUGACCUAAAAUUAUUGCAAUAACUGUGAAACUUAGAACAUCGUGUACAACAGAAUGAUCAGAGAGUGUUUAAAUUACUCUUCAAAGAAAAAGUCAGUCGCAAGAAAAAUAAUCCACAAUCAGAAAUUAUUCCCAAUUGAUGGAAUUGAAGCUUUCCUACGUUUACUGAAUUUUAAUUGCGAUCGAAUCAAAUCGUCCGUGUGCACGGUUUUCUGAGUUUCACACGAAGCACGCAAUUAACGAUACUGUUUAAUGAGCAUCACGCAAUCGAUGAUUGCGUGACUGUAUCUAUGCUGUUACUUAAUUUUCACAAUAUGUGAAUGGCAGAGCUCAGGUAAAUUUUAUAUUAUGGCGUUGAAGCAAAUCUUGUAGCAUAUCAAUUCAAAUUAUUUUAUACGACAUAAAUGGAAUCUAACCAAGAGAGGUUGGUUAACGUUUUGAGUGUCUUGUAGGCGCAAAGUUUUUCUGCUGAUGUGACAAAAUUUGUGCGCUUCUUUUGACUGAAAAACAGAAAAACAAUAUGAGAUGUGAAAAGUGAAACCUCUUGGAAAAGGUUCCAGUAUAAGGGUUAAAAAAAAAUGAGAAUUGAAUAUUAUUAAAAUUAUGGCAUCAAAGGCUGCCUCCCAUGUUGGGAUGUUCCCAUUCCAACAUGGUCACUGGUAGAGUUCAUAUUAUACUUUUAGUUGUUGUUGAUGUUUUUUUUUCCCCUUUCAUUUUCAAAAUGACCGUUCAAUUACGAGACGAUCAACCUUCAUGUACACCAAAUGCUAUGUUUAUGUUCUCGGUGAAAUGCUUUUGCCACCUUUUCGAGGGAUAGAACUGAAAACUCAGAUGCGGCAAUGACUGAAAUAAGAAAAGAGUUCUCAGCGAAAAAAACGCAUCCUUUUGCCUCAGUAGUAACCAAGUGGCCUAAAUGAGAAUUUCUCAAAAGGGAAAAAACACAAGCUUCCGAGAACUGAAUAUAUCUUACUUCUUUUUCGUACUCAAAUCGACAUGUACGUAUCUUACUGAAUUAAAGUACAAAAUGGUCAUUAUUUACCUACAAUAGCGUUGCAAGUGUGGUAGAUGGUACACUAGAUUAAGCUUGGAUUAUACAAACUGCAACAAACCUACCUCAUCGUAUUUUAUAUGCACGAGUUAAGACUUUUUAUUAAAAGUCGGCUUAGGUGUGUCAUCUCUAAAAUGGUACCGACAGUUGUGUUAAUUCAAUAAAUAAAGAAAUAUUUAGAAUCGCAAUUUCACUAUCGGCAUUUUCACUAAGUUUUCUUCCUCUUUAUCCUCCAUUGUUCUACAAUAUACCCUCACUAGACAAUUGUUAAAACU